AUGGGCAUGGACGCCAUUGAGGAGUGCAGCAGCGAUGGAGGUCGGCACCAAGGCUCCAGGAUACUGGUCGGCGUGCCCAACAACUCCCGGGGAUGCUCCGAGCUGCUGUCGUGGGCGAUCAGGGUCAUCGCGAAGCCCAACGAUUCCAUCGUUGCGGUUCAUGUUCUCGGAGGAAGGGGAAGGAAGAACAGGCUGCAGAAGGCGAACGCCUUCGUGAUCUACAUGCUUGGGGAGUUUGUGGAGACAUGCGAGGCUAAACAGGUCAAUUUGGAGGCAAAGGUGAUAUGCAGCUCAAGCAUUCCAAGAGCCCUGACCCGGGAAGCUGAAUUUACUGAUGCAAAGUUUCUAAUUGUUGGAAGAUCUAAGAGUACAUAUCACAGGAAUCACUUUGAGGUUGCAAACUACUGCUUCAUGCAUGCUCCAAACAACUGCUCAGUCAUUGCUGCUGGAAGGGAAGGCCUGGCAAAGAGUAGCACUAGGUUGAAGUCUCGGUCAUUUGACGACAGCAGCAUGUCCUCAAGUUCAACAUGGAGUAGAAGAUUUCCACCACUUCAGAAACUACUUAGAUCAAGCUCGACACACAAGCAGGUUCCUCAAUCCACGGGUGAUGGCAACGAUGAAGACAAGAGCUCGCCGAGGGCGGUACUCGAUGGACCGGAGGAAGUGGAGCACCUGCAAGUCACUGAAGAGUGCUACAGCACAUGUAGCAAUGAGGUGAGUCGGCGUAGUCAGAAUGGCCUCUGGAGGCGGUUAUCAGACAUGAAGCUCUGGCUUCCAUUCCUACGGUCUGUAGAUGAUGAAAGCAUGAAAGGCAGCGAUGUCUGCUCGACGUUUACGGAGGAUCAGAAACCUGUCUGGAAGUGUUACAGCUACCAAGAGAUUUCAGUAGCAACUGAUGACUUCCAUCCAGAUAGCAUAUGCGGAAGAGGAGGCUAUGCGGAAGUAUACAAGGGUAUACUGUCUGAUGGCCAAUGCAUUGCAGUGAAGAGGCUGGCCAAAGGCAAGCCCAGUGAGCAGAAGGAGAAGGAGUUCCUAUCAGAGCUAGGGAUCCAAGGGCAUGUCUGCCAUCCAAACACAGCUGACCUGCUUGGCUGCUGUGUUGAGAAUGGACUGUACCUAAUCUUCGAGUUCUGCACAAAUGGGACGCUCGCAUCUGCACUGCACGGGAAGAGUGGGAAGGUCCUUGAGUGGUCUUUGAGGCAAAAGAUUGCGGUAGGCGUUGCGAGGGGCUUGCAGUAUCUGCACAUGUUCUGCAGGCAUCGGAUCAUCCACCGCGACAUAAAGGCAGCCAAUAUACUUCUUGGUGAUGACUUUGAACCUCAGAUUUCUGACUUUGGACUGGCAAAGUGGCUUCCCAAACAAUGGACUCAUCACUCUGUCGUACCCAUAGAAGGCACAUUUGGGUAUUUAGCACCAGAGUACUUCAUGCACGGCAUCGUCGACGAAAAAACCGAUAUCUUCGCUUUCGGGGUUCUUCUCCUAGAGAUUGUUACCGGAAGGCGGCCCAUUGACUGCUCCAAGCUGAGCCUUCUUCAGUGGGCAAAGCCACUUCUGGAGGCUGGGCAAGCAACCGAACUUGCAGAUCCUGACCUCGGCGACGACUACGACAAGGAUCAGCUGAAGAGGAUGGUCGCAGUCGCGUCACGCUGCAUUUUGCGGCCAGCCAUGUGGCGUCCGUCCAUGGCCGAGGUGCUGCAUUUUCUAUCUACUAAUGAGUGCCUGACGGAACCUGAGAAAUGGAACAUUCCAGAGGACGAAGUCGACGACAUGGAUGACUGCACAUUAUUUUCUGAAUGUUGUUCUCCCUGAUUUAUAUAGGCUAUUAUUUAUUUUGGUGUCGAUAUGGCUUCUUAUCGUGGUUUUGUCAUGUGCUGUGCUACCGGGUAUGUCUUAUGUUUUUCCCCCUAUGGGUUUUGGUCUUUGGAGCGUUAGAUGCUUGGGAUGUAUUCAGGUGAUUUAGGAAGGAGAUUUUUGAAAUGUAUCCAAUGCUGGCUAACUUUAUCAGUUCAAGUGGGGUAUGGAUGAGCAAAGGAAGUUGUUUUUGUUCAA